GCCACCACGUUUGUUUUGCUUUCCGGCCUUUUAUCAAACAAAUGAACCUCUCCAUCUAAUCUCUCAGCUUCUUUAACACACUCAGCAGUCACCACGCGUACUCAUUACGCCCGUAACCAAAAAACCAUACACAACGGCUGUGUUCCACUACGAUGCCUUGAACUUGAAGAUCUGAGCCAAGGAUAGAGACGAAGAGAGACGGAGAGAGAGAGAGAGAUAGGGUUUAGGGUUUUUUCUUCGAUUGUGGGAGCCACAUGGCGUCCACGUCACAGUCCCUCCGCUUCUCCGCAGGCGCAGCAGCCGCUGCAGCAGCCGCCGCCGGGGCUGGGGGCGGCAGCUUCGACGCGCUCAACCGAAUCCUCGCUGACCUCUGCACCCGUGGCAACCCUAAGGAGGGAGCUCCACUGGCUUUAAGGAAACAUUUGGAGGAAGAAGCUCGUGAUCUUAGUGGAGAAGCUUUUUCUCGCUUUAUGGAUCAGUUGUAUGAUCGAAUUUCUACUCUUUUAGAAAGUAAUGACCCCGCUGAAAAUUUGGGAGCUUUAAGAGCUAUUGAUGAGUUGAUAGAUGUAGCACUUGGUGAGAACGCCUCCAAGGUUUCGAAGUUUUCUAAUUACAUGAGGACUGUGUUCGAGGUGAAGCGGGAUACUGAUAUUUUGGAACUUGCUAGUAGAGUCCUGGGCCAUCUAGCCAGGGCUGGUGGAGCAAUGACUGCAGAUGAAGUGGAACGCCAGGUAAAAAUUGCACUGGAUUGGCUUCGUGGGGAUAGAGUAGAGUAUCGCCGAUUUGCUGCUGUCUUAAUCUUGAAAGAAAUGGCUGAAAAUGCUUCAACAGUGUUCAAUGUUCAUGUAUCUGAGUUUGUUGAUGCUAUUUGGGUUGCUCUAAGGGAUCCAACAGUGGCUGUUCGAGAGAAAGCUGUGGAGGCUUUGCGCGCUUGCCUUAAAGUUAUUGAAAAGCGUGAGACACGUUGGCGUGUGCAGUGGUAUUAUCGUAUGUUUGAGAAUACACAAAAUGGAUUGGGUAAAAAUGCUCCUGUUCACAGUAUACAUGGUUCUUUACUUGCAGUUGGGGAGCUUUUGAGGAAUACGGGUGAGUUCAUGAUGUCAAGGUAUAGAGAAGUUGCUGAUAUUGUUCUCAGAUAUCUAGAGCACCGGGAUCGGCUUGUUCGGAUGAGCAUAACUUCGCUUCUACCUCGCAUUGCACAUUUCCUGCGUGAUCGAUUUGUCACUAAUUACUUGACAAUAUGCAUGAAUCAUAUUCUUGCAGUUCUACGAAUACCAGCUGAACGUGCCACUGGAUUCACUGCCCUUGGGGAGAUGGCUGGUGCUUUGGACGGGGAACUUGUCCACUAUUUGCCGACAAUUACAUCUCACUUACGUGACGCAAUUGCUCCACGUAGAGGUAAACCCUCGCCUGAGGCUUUAGCUUGUGUUGGAAGCAUCGCAAAAGCUAUGGGCCCAGCUAUGGAACCUCACGUUCGUGGUCUCUUGGAUGUUAUGUUUUCAGCUGGUCUUUCCCUUACACUUGUAGAAGCCCUUGAGCAAAUAACUAUCAGUAUUCCAUCUUUGCUCCCUACUAUUCAAGAUCGGUUGCUUGAUUGCAUUUCAAUGGUUCUCUCGAAUUCCCAUUACCCUCAGGGGAGUCCGGCUGUUGGCAUGGGAAGAGGAAGUAUGAUGAAUACCACUCAGCAGGCUUCAGAUUUUAGUGUUUCAGCCCUAGUGCCACUCGCCUUGCAGACUCUUGCUCGUUUUAAUUCCAAGGGUCAUGACCUUCUUGAGUUUGCAAGAGAAUCAGUUGUUGUAUAUUUGGAUGAUGAUGAUGGAGCCACACGAAAAGAUGCUGCCCUUUGUUGUUGCAGAUUAAUUGCAAAUUCUAUUUCUGGUAUAGGAUGUAUAUCAUUUGCUCCUAGCAGGUUGAAUCGAGUUGGAGGAAAGAGACGGCGUCUUGUUGAGGAGCUUGUGGAAAAGCUUCUCAUUGCGGCUGUUGCGGAUGCUGAUGUUACUGUUCGCCGCUCUAUCUUUUCCUCUCUGCAUGGUAAUAGAGGUUUUGAUGAUUUUUUGGCGCAGGCUGAUAGUUUGAGUGCAGUUUUUGCUGCUUUAAAUGAUGAGGAUUUUGAUGUUCGAGAAUAUGCAAUUUCUGUGGCUGGGAGGUUAUCAGAAAAAAAUCCUGCAUAUGUACUUCCGGCGCUUCGUCGCCAUCUCAUACAGUUGUUGACCUAUCUGGAGCAUAGCAGUGCAGAUAGCAAAUGCAGAGAAGAAAGUGCAAAGCUACUAGGCUGUCUAAUACGGAAUUGUGAACGACUAAUUCUUCCAUACAUUUCUCCAAUACACAAGGCACUUGUGGCUAGGCUUAAUGAUGGCACUGGGGUCAAUGCAAAUCAUGGCAUUAUAAGUGGAGUUCUUGUAACUGUUGGGGAUCUUACCAGAGUGGGUGGGUAUUCAAUGAGACAAUACAUUCCUGAACUUAUGCCUUUAAUUGUUGAUGCUUUAUUGGAUGGAGCAGCUGUUACAAAACGUGAAGUGGCUGUUACUACUCUUGGUCAAGUUGUGCAGAGCACUGGGUAUGUCAUAACUCCAUAUAAUGACUAUCCAGAGCUACUUAUCUUACUCUUGAAAUUGCUGAAUGGUGAGUUAGCAUGGUCUACCAGACGGGAAGUACUGAAGGUUCUUGGUAUUAUGGGUGCUCUGGAUCCUCAUGUAUAUAAACGAAAUCAAGCACGUCUGCCAGGGUCACAUGGAGAUGUAACCCAUGCUGCCAGUGAUUCAGGUCAUGUUCAGUCUAUGGAUGAUCUGCCUAUGGAUCUGUGGCCAUCUUUCGCAACAUCUGAAGAUUAUUAUUCCACGGUUGCAAUCAAUUCACUCAUGCGAAUUCUUAGGGACCCUUCACUUGCUAGUUACCACUACAAGGUGGUUGGAUCUCUUAUGUUCAUAUUUAAGUCGAUGGGUCUUGGUUGCGUUCCAUACUUACCAAAGGUUUUACCUGAUCUAUUUCGUACUGUUCGUACAUGUGAAGAUACUCUGAAGGAUUUAAUAACAUGGAAGCUUGGAACUUUGGUGUCUAUUGUGCGUCAGCAUAUUCGAAAAUACCUUGAAGAGUUGCUAUAUUUAAUCUCAGAAUUAUGGUCAUCCUUCGGGUUUCCAGCUACUAGCCGUCCUCCACUUGGCUAUCCAGUUCUGCACCUAGUGGAACAGCUUUGCUUGGCCCUCAAUGACGAGUUUAGAAAGCAUCUUCCUCGGAUUCUUCCGGGUUGUAUCCAAGUUCUAAGUGAUGCAGAAAGGUGUAAUGACUACACCUAUGUUCCUGAUAUCCUCCAUACUCUUAAAGUGUUUGGCGGGACAUUGGAUGAACAUAUGCAUCUACUUCUUCCUGCACUUAUUCGCUUGUUUAAAGUGGAUGCUUCAGUGGAUAUAAGAGGUGCUGCUAUCAAAACCUUGACAACAUUGAUCCCUCGUGUGCAGGUUACUGGUCACAUAUCUUCUCUUGUGCAUCACCUGAAGCUCAUUUUGGAUGGGAAGAAUGAUGAGCUCCGGAAGGAUGCUGUUGAUGCACUUUGUUGUUUAGCUCAAGCCCUUGGGGAGGACUUCACCAUUUUCAUCCCGUCAAUACAUAAACUUUUGUUGAAACAUCGCUUGCGGCAUAAGGAAUUUGAGGAAAUUGAAGAGCGCUUGCAAAGACGUGAACCAAUAAUCUUGGGGAGUAUGGCUGCCCAAAGAUUAAGUCGACGGCUCCCAACAGAGGUUAUCAGUGAUCCUUUAGAUGAUAAGGAUAUAGACCCCUAUGAGGAUGGGUCUGAUGUGCAGAAACCUCUCAGAGGCCAUCAGGUCAAUGAUGCUCGAUUACGCACUGCUGGGGAGGCUUCUCAGCGUAGUACCAAGGAAGAUUGGGCAGAAUGGAUGAGGCAUUUUAGCAUUGAACUUCUGAAGGAAUCUCCUUCUCCAGCCUUACGAACCUGUGCAAGGCUUGCGCAGUUGCAGCCUUUCAUUGGGCGUGAGUUGUUUGCAGCUGGUUUUGUUAGCUGUUGGGCACAGCUAAAUGAGACUAGUCAGAAACAGUUAGUUCGUAGCUUAGAGAUGGCUUUUUCAUCUCCAAAUAUUCCUCCAGAAAUAUUGGGAACACUUCUUAACUUGGCAGAAUUCAUGGAACAUGAUGAGAAACCUCUUCCUAUUGACAUACGCCUUCUUGGUGCUCUGGCAGAAAAGUGUCGUGCAUUUGCUAAAGCCCUGCACUACAAAGAAAUGGAAUUCGAAGGAGCACAUUCCAAGAAGAUGGAUGCUAACCCUGUUGCUGUAGUUGAAGCGCUUAUACAUAUAAACAAUCAAUUACAUCAGCAUGAGGCUGCAGUUGGAAUAUUGACCUACGCCCAGCAACAUUUGGAUGUUCAAUUGAAGGAGUCAUGGUAUGAGAAACUGCAGCGAUGGGAUGAUGCACUCAAGGCUUACACUGCCAAAGCCUCUCAAGCAUCUAGUCUACAUCUUGUCUUGGAUGCCAUUUUGGGGCGGAUGCGAUGCCUUGCUGCAUUGGCUCGAUGGGAGGAGCUUAACAGCUUGUGCAAGGAAUAUUGGAUCGCAGCAGAGCCAGCUGCUCGACUAGAAAUGGCACCAAUGGCUGCAAAUGCCGCUUGGAACAUGGGGGAGUGGGAUCAAAUGGCCGACUAUGUGUCUCGAUUGGAUGAUGGUGAUGAAACUAAACUUCGGGGUUUGGGGAACACUACUUCUGGUGGUGAUGGAAGCAGUAAUGGAACAUUUUUCAGGGCUGUCUUAUUAGUUCGUAGAGGAAAGUACGGUGAAGCGCGCGAGUACGUUGAGAGAGCUAGAAAAUGCUUGGCAACAGAACUUGCUGCUUUGGUUCUGGAGAGCUAUGAACGUGCUUAUACCAAUAUGGUCCGUGUUCAGCAGCUCUCCGAACUAGAGGAGGUCAUUGAUUAUUGUACACUUCCUCAUGCUGGCUCUGUUGCUGAAGGGCGGCGGGCCCUUAUUCUUAAUAUGUGGAAUGAGCGCAUACAAGGAGUGAAACGAAACGUUGAGGUCUGGCAGGUACUUCUGGCAGUUAGAGCACUUGUUCUACCUCCUACAGAAGAUGUUGACACUUGGCUCGAGUUUGCUUCUCUUUGCCAAAGAAGUGGGCGGAUCAGCCAGGCUAGAUCUACUUUAGUUAAACUCUUACAGUAUGACCCCGAAACAUCUCCAGAAAAUGUAACGUACCAUGGGCCUCCUCAAGUAAUGCUGGCAUACUUGAAAUACCAGUGGUCACUUGGAGAGGAUGUUAAGCGCAAGGAAGCAUUUGUUAGGCUGCAGAAUUUGGCAGUAGAGCUUUCAGGUGCUCCAAGUACUCAAACAGUGAUGCCACUCCUUGCCCUUGUAUAUCUUGAACUUGGAACUUGGCAGUGGGCACUGUCUCCUGGAUUGGACGAUGAGUCUAUUCAAGAUAUCCUUGUGUCAUUCAAGAAGGCCACUCAAUAUGCAAACAAAUUGGCACAUGCAUGGCAUAUGUGGGCAUUGUUCAAUACAGCAGUAAUGUCUCAUUAUACAAUAAGAGGUUUUUCCGAUGUUGCUGCACGGUUUGUUGUUGCUGCAGUCACUGGAUAUUUUCAUUCAAUAGCAUGUGCAGCAAAUGGUCAAGGUGUUGAUGAUAGUUUGCAGGAUAUACUUCGCCUUCUUACAUUGUGGUUUAACCAUGGAGAUACUGCAGAAGUUCAAAUGGCACUAAGGAAAGGAUUUGAACAUGUUAAUAUUAACACGUGGCUUGUGGUUUUACCUCAAAUAAUUGCCCGUAUACAUUCCAAUAACCAUGCUGUGAGAGAACUAAUACAGUCACUUCUGGUUCGAAUUGGACAAAGUCAUCCACAGGCUCUUAUGUACCCACUUCUAGUAGCUUGUAAAUCGCUAAGUAAUUCACGUAAAGCAGCUGCCCAAGAAGUGGUUGACAAAGUUCGGCAGCAUAAUGGUGUACUUGUGGAUCAGGCACAGCUUGUAUCGAUAGAAUUAAUUCGGGUCGCAAUACUUUGGCAUGAGAUGUGGCAUGAAGCAUUGGAAGAAGCUAGUCGUUUAUAUUUUGGUGAACAUAACAUUGAGGGGAUGCUAAAGGCGUUGGAGCCAUUGCAUGAAAUGCUCGAAGAAGGGACUAUGAGGAAUAAUACGACCAUAAAAGAGAGAGCAUUCAUUGAGGCUUAUCGUCAUGAACUACAAGAGGCUUAUGAGUGUUGCAUGAAAUAUAAGAGAACUGGAAAAGAUGCUGAGCUUACUCAGGCAUGGGAUCUCUAUUAUCAUGUAUUCAGAAGAAUAGAUAAGCAGCUUCAAAGUCUUACCACCCUGGAUCUGGAGUCUGUCUCUCCGGAGUUGAUAGAAUGUCGCAAUUUGGAGCUUGCUGUUCCUGGGACAUAUCGUGCUGAUUCCCCAGUUGUGACAAUUAGAUCAUUCGCACCCCAGCUCGGUAUUAUAACAUCUAAACAGCGACCUCGGAAAUUGACGAUUCAUGGGAGUGAUGGUAAGGAUCAUGCCUUCUUGCUAAAGGGACAUGAAGAUUUACGCCAAGAUGAACGUGUCAUGCAGCUUUUCGGUUUGGUUAAUACCCUGCUGAAGAAUUCUAGGGAAACGGAAGAAAAGGAUCUCUAUAUUGAAAGAUAUUCUGUCAUUCCAUUAUCUCCAAACAGUGGAUUGAUUGGUUGGGUCCCACAUUGUGACACCCUUCACCAACUCAUUCGGGAGUACAGGGAGGCCAGAAAGAUUGCCCUGAAUCAAGAACACAAAUAUAUGCUGAGUUUUGCUCCAGAUUAUGACCAUCUGCCACUCAUUGCUAAAGUGGAAGUGUUUGAUUAUGCCCUGCAAAAUACUGAAGGAAAUGACCUUGAAAGGGUUCUUUGGUUGAAAAGUCGCACUUCUGAGGUAUGGCUGGAGAGGAGGACAAAUUAUACUAGAAGUUUAGCAGUCAUGAGCAUGGUGGGUUACCUACUUGGCUUAGGCGACCGUCACCCAAGUAAUCUUAUGCUACACCGCUCUAGUGGCAAGAUUUUGCACAUUGAUUUUGGAGACUGCUUCGAAUCUUCAAUGAACCGGGAGAAGUUUCCCGAGAAGGUGCCCUUCCGCUUGACUAGAAUGCUUGUGAAAGCUAUGGAGGUUAGUGGUAUCGAGGGCAACUUCCGUUCAACUUGUGAAAAUGUGAUGCAAGUUCUCCGAACGAAUAAAGACAGCGUCAUGGCUAUGAUGGAGGCCUUCGUUCACGAUCCUCUAAUUAAUUGGCGUCUUUUCUACUUCAAUGAAGUCCCACAAAUGUCAGUGUUUGCCGGCACUAAUGUCCCUCCUGUUGUGAAUGCUGAGGAAUCUGCUCCAAAUAGAGAGCUUGCUCAACCUCAGCGGGGGGCUCGGGAAAGGGAGCUUCUUCAGGCUGUUAAUCAACUUGGCGAUGCUAAUGAGGUCUUGAAUGAGCGCGCUGUGGUUGUAAUGGCUCGGAUGAGUAAUAAACUCACUGGACGUGAUUUUUCUACUUCCUCUUCUGCACCCACCAGUUCUAUUCAACAUGUUGUAAACCACAGCACCUUAAUUUCUGGCGAUACCCGUGAAGUUGAUCAUGGAUUAUCUGUUAAACUGCAAGUUCAGAAGUUGAUUAUCCAAGCUAGAUCGCAUGAAAAUUUGUGCCAAAAUUAUGUCGGGUGGUGUCCCUUUUGGUAAACAAAGGGCAAUUGUAUAUGAUGUGUAUAUAUUUUGUACAGAGCUGACCUUCUGGGAAGUCCUUUCUCCACUUGUGUGUUAUUGUAUUUUAUGUAUAGAUUCAAUUCCUAUCAAUAAAAAGAUGUUUUGUUUCUCAUAUA